CAAUUUUUCUGAUGUUCUCUUGUCUAUCAGCCCUGAUGCUGCUCACUCUGAUGGAAGAAGAGCUGAUCUCAGAGUAAAUGCUGGUCUUCAUCCCAGACUCAACCAGUGACCUGCAGGGAUCCAAGCAGCUGACCCAGGCCGUCUGCUGGCUGCUGGCCCACUCUCCACCCCUCCCUCUCUCCUGUCAAACCCUGGUGCAGCUCAUGGAGGCCAGUCUGAGCCAGGAGUUCUGGCCCAGAGUUUUCUCCAACCUCCAGAACCGGGCGGCCGCACGGCUUCCCUGGCAGGAAGCGGCGCCUGUCGUCCGGCUCUAUAACGCCGUCUUGGCUCACGUUGCCCACAGAGUCUCCUCCCAGGACCUCUGUGGCCUGUCGUGGCCCCCCGCCGAGUUCAGUCAGCCGGAGACCCGAGCGUUGGUCCCUCAUCUGGGCUGGAACUCUGCGCAGCAUCUCUCCUGGCUGCGUAGCGUUAUCCUCAGUCUGCUGCUGCCAGAGUGGGAGGAGACACCUGCUGCAGAUUCACGUCACAGUCAGCCGCUCCUCAUGUCCCGGCUGGAAAACCUUCUGGAAAGGGUCCGACUUCAGGCUCAACACCCCCGACCCCCCCGAUCCAGCCCAGCUGAUGGAAACACUGACCUGGAAGAGCCGGGGGUUCAGAUUCCCUGGGAGGAUGUUGUGCUGAUCUUCAUGGACCACAAACUGAAAGACUGGCAGCCGCCCGGACCUCCUGCCUGUGGAGACGCAGUGACCGAGGACGGCGAGAUCCUGGUUUACUUCCCCACAGCUUCUCUGGAGGGUUUCAGACCUCCUGAAGAGUGGACGCAGGCCGUGGAAAAAACCCACAGAGAGAAGCAGCAGCAGCAGGAGAGGGACGGAGCGACUCAGGUUCCCUGCGCGCCGCCUCCUGCUCCGUCUCCCAGACAGAGGUUGUUCCAGAGCUCGGUGGAGGUCCCCGGGGCCCAGAGACCCCGUCUGGACGUCACUCACAGCCCCUCAGCAGAGGAGCUGCUGGCCCACAAGGUCCUGUAG